AUGCCCGGCGGAUUCCCAACCCCAGCCCCAGCAAUCGCCGAACGGCCCCGGUCAAGAUCACGGCCGGCCGCAUCCGAAGCAGAGACAACCCAUAGCCGGGCAGUCACAACAACAACAACAUCACAAACAGGCCCUCUAAGAGGUAUCCUAAAGAACCCAACACCACCCGCGCGGCCGCAAGAUCCCCUUGCCGCACGCUUUUACAGAGUCUCGAGGCGAGAGCCAGAACAACAAAUGUACACGCCUUCGGGACCCCCAUCACCAACAUACCACUCGGACAGUGACAGAUAUACAUCUUAUGAGACUGACUCCCAAUCGGCAUCGUCAGAGCUCUCAGUCAACACACAAGCUACUAGCGUCAUAUCAGAUUCUAGUGUUCCCCCUAAGCCCUCAAAGCCCUCGACCCAAGUCAAACAUGUACGUCAUGUACCAUCAACAGUUACCAGCAGAGCCAGGACGCGGACGCGAUCUAGGGCGCCUUCGGAGGUAUCUAAACCUCCCGUCCCAGAGAAGAAGAGGACGGUGCACAUUCAAUUCGUCCCACCAAAGCCGCAGCAGGCCCCCUCACAGUCUCAGGAACUUCAGCUCGCUCGGAAACCAGAAAACGACCUCGUGUACAAGGUUGAGCAACUAGAGUCAGAAACUGAUACCCUCCGACAAGAACGGAGUAGACUAAGCAGGGACCUGGAUGACAUUUCUGUACAACUAUCUACUAGGGGACAAGAGAACAAGGAAAUCGUGCGCGUCCUGAACAUCGAGCGCAACUCAAAGGAACUUAUCUUAAGAGACCUCGAGGAGCAACGGCAGAUUUCUGACGAAUUCCGCAGUAACUAUCAACUACAGCAAGGCAUGUUAAUAGAGGCAGAGAGGGAACGAGACAGUCUCAAGCACAUACGCGACAGGUUUGAGCAGCAGGUCGUCGAGCUCGAGCGGGAACUGGCAAUGCGAGAUGCCGCCCAAAGAGAACAGGAAGACGCACUCAGACAUGAUAUCGAAACCCUGGAGCACACGACAGCAAGCUUCGAAAGACAAAUGGGCGCUCGCAAUAAGGAUAUUAAAGAUCUGAGCACCGAGGUCAAAGAUUUGAACAAGGAAGUCAAAGAUUUGAAUAACGAACUCAGGGAACUAGACUGCGAAGUCAAGGAGUUAACGUCAGAGAGAGACCAGGCUCGGGCGGAUGCCUCUAGAUUCUUAUCCAAGAUUAAAUCUCUGGAGGCCAACAGCGGACCCGUCAGAGAGGAGAAUGCAGCACUCGACAAGGAUAACCAGAAGCUGUACAACCGAGUUGAGGACCUUCGAGACGAGAGGGCUGCCCUUGAAGAGAAGGUCAGAUGCUUUGAGCAAGAUAUUGAGUCUCUUAGGGUACAUGUCGCAUCGCUCGAGUCUGACAAGCAGUCUCUCGAGAAGGACAUCGAUUCGGUGAAGGCCAGCAGGGAAGAUGUUGUGAAGCAACUUGAGACUGCGUUGUCCGAGAAGGGAGAACUUCAGAACCAGCUCGAUGCCACUAAGACGGCCCGAGACGACCUUGAGAAGCAACUCGCAGCGACCAAAGAUGGUAUCGAGAAGCAGCUUGAGACGACCAAGGGCGACUUUGAGAAACAACUAGAAGCUACUAGGGAUGAUCUAGGAAAGCAACUGGAAUUCUCUAAGCAGGAACUCGACAAGCAAGCUUUGGACUUCAAGACGAUAAUUGACGACAAGCAGUCAAGAAUUGACGGUCUAGUCACCGAGGUUGCCGGAUCCAAGGAAGCUAACAUCUCCCUUGCAUCAGAGCGACUACGGCUUGACGCAGAACUGGUGAAUGUUCGGGCUAACUUAGUCAACGUCGAGAACGACCUCAGCUUAGUACGGGAGCAUAACAAGACUCUCGAGUCGGAGAAAGAACAGCUGAUCAUCCGUACCGCGGAUCUCGGAAAGGUAUAUGACGACCUCGAGAAGCUCCGUCGGGAACACGCAGGUUGCGAGGAACGCUCGAAGGGUCUUGAAGAGCGAUCCAAGGGACUCGAAGCUGAUGUCGAAAAGCACCAAGAAGCUGCCAAGGUACUGCAAGAGGAGAAGGACAAGAUCGCCGCUGUCGCUAAGAACCUAGAAGAGGGUUCAGGCCUUACCAAGCUUCACGAGGAGAAGGCCACUCUUGAAGGGAGCGUGAAGGAACUUGAAGGCAAGGUCUCCGUGCUCGCGCAGGAGAAGUCGAGCCUGGAGGUCAAGACGAACGACCUUCAGACCGAAGCCAGCAAGAUUCCCACGCUAACUCAAGAGAAAACCGAUCUCGAGGCCAAGUUGGAGGCGAAAUCUAAAGACCUCCAGGCCGAAUCUGAUAGGGUCACAGCUCUAACCCAGGAGAAGACGGACCUCGAAGGCAAGAUCAAGGAUCUUCAGGCCGAAGCAGACAAGGUACCCGGCCUAGUCGAGAAGUGCAUUCAUUAA